AUGUUUGCCGCCGGAGAUUGCGCCAGGAAUGUCGGUUGUACGUAACGCAAUUCGUAAAUGGCGCAAAAGACGCUGAAGAUGGGCAGUUUACGCUUCAACCCGGUAUUUUGCACUGGCGUCAUUUAUGUUCAUAGCAAUUAUCCUUCCCCAAGUCAUCCUACGCCUGAAGUAUGCUUUUGACGCAAAUUCAGACAGAAUGGUAAGACUGUAUGUUUUGUAAGCAAGGCCGCUAGACGUUUGAAGUUUUUUGUCGUUAUCUACUUCACUCGCUAAACACCGAGGACAAGGAGGUUUGUGUCGGUCUCCAUUCACCCUUGUAGUUGUCCUAUCUGUCUUUAGUUUUACGUCGUGAUUUUCUCAUCCAGUGGAUAGCAAACACCCGUUGGAUCUUAUCAUCAGUUGUUAAAUAUUUCGAAAUCAUAAACGUAGGUUCACCGCCUAUUUUAUGCACAGCGCUUUAGCCGUCAAGCGGAUCUGACUCGAACUUUAUGAACAUUCUUCUCUCCCUGACACUAGUCUUGACUAAUUCUACUCAGUGGAAAGUGAUUACAGGUGAGCUGACUAAACGUGAAUGUCUGCAGAGGCCUCUGUCUCUUAACAGGGACUACAAACUAGUUUUGUCUUCUUCAAUUUAUCCUGCUGUCUCUCUAUUCCUUUUUUUGACAAUUCUUAUUUUUGUGUCCACAUGCCCAGAUAUGGUUCAUAUCUGAUGAAAGAAUCGUCUCUCAUAUUUUGCGCUCUAUGGAUAUUUUUAUCACACGCCAUACUGACCUUUAGUAUCAGGUAAUAUCUUACCACUGGAUCCAAAACUCCUAAACCUAAACUAAACUAUUCAAUCCGAUGAAUUCUUGUUCCGCGCAAUGCAAGUGGAUUAAUGCACAUGGUGAAAAUAGAGCUAUGUGAUUUUUCUGUUUGUACAUGAAAUGUUCGUCGUACCUUAGUGUAGCUAUUCUUUGAUUUUAGAUGAAAAGCUCAGAAGUGGGAUGACAAAACUUACAAAGUCGCUCGUCGUUCACUUGGUUUCCUGUGGAUUAUUUCCUGCCCUGCAAGUGAGAAUCUGCCGCCGAUGUCAACUCUAUUCUUUUUAGUUAAUGCUCAAAAAAGGACUGGCACUUCACAUUCCGGUUUUAACACAAGUUUCACUUACUGGCAUUUUUUCUUUGGCCAUGCGGUAAGCAUUUCUUUCUGUAUAUUACCAUAUCCUUACAUCUGAAUGCUAUGACUUUCAUCAUAAUUUGCUCUCUGAGCUGUUGCAGCAGUGAUUCGUAACACUUGUUUCCGCCUGUUAUUCGCCAAUAUGGAUCUUUACUUCCAUGUGAGAACAACAUACUCGUUUUGUGCAACAUGCAACGCAUGUAGAUUUAAGCCAAUGUUGUUUUGGCGUUAUUCCUAGCCAAAAAUAAAAGAUGAGAUACGUGGACCUUUCAUCUGAUCGCCAGCUGACUGUAAUCUACAGAUUUCGAAGCACAUGGACGCUUGUGUUUAGGAAUAGACGCUGGCGUGUUUUAACUGCAGACUUGUCAGAUUAUUUGGUAUAUGACCGAGUACACGCUGUGUUAGCUGGAUCAUUAAUUCUGACUGAUUGAAAGCGGACUGGAUGUCGUUAUGCCCUAACGUGACACAAACUCAGUACGUUGUAUAAAAUCACUUGCUGCCAUUGUUGCCUUCUGUACUCCUACGGAUGAUAGAGGUUGUGGGGCCUAGCAUUUAACAGACUGCACGAAAAGCGGGACGGUCGCUUUGGAAGUAUUGAUUUACUUUGUCUUGUGUUUCACAAGUGGUUUUGCGUGGUCUCGUAACCCUUUCCGUUAUCUUGAUUUUCUACGUCAUCUGACGGAUUCCUGCCUACCUUCUGCUAGAUCUAAUUAUUAUCCACCUCGUAGGAAUGUUGUGCUGUAAGUGUAGCUUAUGUGACAUGCCGAAGAUGACCUGGACUUCAGAGCGGACUAAACUUUUAUUAGUCUGUGACUGAGUAAUCGAGCCGUCUCUUGAAUAAUAACGUGAGUCCCACCUGUUAUAUAGAUGGUUUAUUUUUCUUCAGAGUUGCGUGUACGUGAUAGGUGCAUUCCCUUACAAGUUGCAUAAUUGCCGCUAAAAAAAGCUUUUUUCAUGUCGUUUGCGUUCUUUAACUAACAGCCUUUCUUACAGUCGAACAGGCUGCAGGACUUUACAUUAUUUUCUCUCACCAGAAGACGAAAAUACUAAGUCCUCUGGGUUCCAUAGGUCCCAUAGAACAUGAGAUUAUCUAAACGGUAGGAGCAGAUCGCGGGUUCGGAGUGAUUUGCUGGCCUAAAGGGCUUCAUCAGUCGCAAAUUGUGGCAGCGUCAUCAGUUUUGUCGUGUCCUAACUUGGGAGUAGUGCCUGCUGCCCGACAAAGUCUCUUUUUAAGUUCUUUUUGAUCUAUCGGAGCCAAUCUUGGAGUUGCUGAUAGGUUUCAAUCUCUGUCCUUGGGACCUUCCUGCGUAUUUCGCAAUCCGGUCCGUCGUGACUCGGCUACGCGUUGCUGCUAAGUGCUAUUAUGAGAUUUUUUCUCCUUCUAGCCCAUUGCUCGUGACCGACUUCGCAGCGCGGAGUUUAAGUUUAUUCGUCCUGCAUAUCUUGUCGGUACCAGGAUUUGUGCUUCACAUUAACUCCUUGACACAAGAGGUCAGUUUUCCCGUUUUCGUAUCCCUCCCCCAAAUCCAUAACACUUGCUACGAGCAACCUAGGAGUCUGACUUAGAGAAGGCUGCUUUCUUCCAAGCUUUAUUUCGAAAUGACGUUGCAAGAUCUUCUUUUUCUUCACCGGUUAUCUCUUUGUUUGAAAUUUCUCAGAAUAAUUACUGUUCAAUAAUAUUGCGUUUGGACAUAGAAAUAUGUGCUCCCGUAACACAGCUGCCCUUACGCUAAACCUGGAUAGAGGUAACUAUUCCUGUGUCCUGACUUUAACCGUAACACUAGCCCCAACCCUAAUUCCAAUCCCUCUGGAAUUUAUCGCUAGGCCACUUGUAAUACAGGGGGAUGCUUAUCCCCGUACCCGUAGGUUUAUUUCAGACGAGUAUAGGUGUUUUGCCCUUUUCCUCGACGACUCUUCGUUUCUAUACUGUGGAGAAGUUCCUUGGACACCAAAAAAUUUGCGUAAUGGUCCAUCGCCAAAUUCAACUUUUCGAAGGCCACCAAUAUAAGCCCCUCUUUGUGUUUCUAAGUAGGCUCUGAGCCUUUAAAAGCAUUUAACUGCUGACGCGAGGAGGAAGAUCUUUCCCGACUAAAUUCCGCUCGUACCGACCCUAUUCCUCUUUGGCGUUGCCUAUGGUGGAUGCGUAGCUGUCAACUGGUGUUUUUACCCUCAAGGAUUUCCUCAUAUAUGUCAUGAUGUGCGUCUGUGGUAUGUGACCACAACAGGCCAAUGAUCUCAUUUUCCUGACGUUAUUUACAUAAUCCUGUUAGACUGUAUUUUUAACCAAAGAACUUUAAGAGGGUGCACUCAUGCGCCAACAUCUUUCCCUCCAGCUUACCCCGACUGAGGUGAAAAUGGCCACCCAAAAAAAUCUCUAGACUGGCUAUCUAUGAAAACCGAGUCGUGGAUAGAUCAGAAUGUGUGGUAACGAUAUGAAAGGACAUUUACAGAGUAGCCUGUCUGAAGGGUACCGAUUUUUUGAACCCACGCAGCGGCUCCUCUGGUUUACUUCUUAUAUCCAGUAUUUGACGGUAAAUAUGAGUUCCACUUGCCCCAGAUUUUGGCGAAGUAGAAUCGCCCCAUUGCUGGUCUAAGUCACACUCUAGUUUCUGCCAUUUUUUCGGCCCCACAUGACCGCAGCUGAGAUUGGGUCUGUUGACCGCCUAGAUUUACACAUGCCACGAAGUUUUGUUUUCUCGCAUUUUCGUUCUUGCACCUAUUUACUACUGAUUCGUUUUACCCAUUCCACCCAGUCAGACUUCACCUUUUCAGAUAAACGCAUCUGUGAACGUUGAUUACUAGGGUUUUUAACUGAUCGGCGAAGCGGAAUGGAUUUAGCUCGGCAGUCGAAACCGUUAUGGCGGCAUCAGGGAGAGAGGUGGAAGUUGGGACACCUGAGAGAGCCAUUGUAUGCAGAUCGAUAAUUUGUCAAUCGUUGUCAUAUUAGAAGAACUAUCCAUUCCAGAGCAUCAUUUUUGUACCAUUUAGGCCGACCUGCCUGUCAUUCGCCGUAACAGCCAUCAUCGCUGAUGAAGGAGAAUUUCACAUGCACUUAGCUAUAAGUAACAAGAGUUGCAAAGGUUCGUCCCAACACGAUUUCUAGUUGUGACUGAUCUCCAUUGACGGUCUGUGUUCGUUUAGACUAGAACUGAGACCAACCCCGGGGACUGACGGGGUACAUACCUCUAAAUUUCUGCUGAUCACAAUUUUUACUCGGCCGUUUAUCAGACCAUUGUCCGUCUUAUCUGCCUAAACCGAUGAAGAUCUAACCCGGUUUCACUGGUAUAUCCGAAGAGGAUAGCAUUCGUUGUGGUUGGGAUUCGUCGACUACACUCAUUUGGUGUUAUCCACCGAUUUGUAAGACAAACCAUAUGUGGUUACUGGGUUCAAAAACACUCGUGGAGCUAAGCACAAAAUAAGAUUCAUUAUGAAUGUUCAGCGGCGCGCAGGAAUAUGCUUAGAGUUAAUGAGAUAAAAAUCUGCCACUUUAUGUAAACAGAUGUUUCCCAUCCCGUUAGACCCCAUGCACGCGCGUUUCAGAGUUUCGGAAAGAUGCGUCCUUCGUAUACCUCGCAUGUUUUGGCGUCGUACGAGGACGUAUAUAUAUUGUGCUUUUAAUCGCUUCUCGUUACUGAAUGUAGUUUCUGAGUUCAGACUUCGCGUGACACAGUAAAAAGUGAUAUUCAUUUCCGUACGAUGGUCUUUUUCCAGUCGCCGUCAAUCAAAAGCAUCUGCUUUGGAUGCAUUUACUGACUUACGGUUGCUUGCGUUGUGGUAUUUUAACGCUUCACUCGUCCUCCGCUAAAAAGCGUCAUAUAUGGUGAGUGGUACAUUGAAGAAUUUCUUCGAACUUUAACCAAUCGAGUUUCGGUACGGAAAGUAGAAAGCGUGUACUGUAUAUAAGUCAAAAAGUUGACAACGAACUUUUCGCCCGGAUCAUUUCGAUGUCCAAUGCAUUGUCCCGUGCCUCAGGCGUACACUUUAACUGUCAGUUAUCUGCCCUCUUUCACGGCACAACCAUUCAAAGGCGCAUGCUUUCCGACUUAAUUAGAUUAGCGCCGCUCCACCUUAUCUACGAGAUGAUAAUGUAGAAGGGAGACAACUGCUACGCCUUUUGCGCGCAUUCAAACCGGGCCAUACUAGGGGGACAGAAGGCCGCUUUCGCAUAUACAACACGAUGUGGGUUCCGGAAGUCUUACCGGGUAAAUUUAGAUCUGUAUCAUUAAGGCUGUGGAUGAUCAGGACAGAACAAUCCAGAACACAGAGGAUGCUCGAUCAACAGCAGCUUUCUUGGAAGAUAACAAGGAAAACAAAAUUGUAAAUUGUACCCUCGGAACUAUGUAAGGAGAAUUGGAGGGUUAGCAGAUGCAUAGGGACAAUGACCUUGCCGUCAAUGACAGUUUCGUAUUUAUGCCAUUGGCCACAACUUUUGGGCCACGACGUGCAAUAUACACACUAGGUAUCGUAUAACGUAAUUUAUAUCAAAAUUCUGAAGUGCGUUUUCGAUUAAAAGGGACUACCUAGGUGGGGUGUCACACCGAUUAUCUUGCUUCGGAAUCCCGAGAUAUUUCAGUCACGGUAGGAUCUCGGCUUCCUAGCAGGCUUCUUCCAAACCACAUUCAAAAACUACACGAUAGGGAGCAACUACUUGACUAGUAUGCGUUUUUCUAUUGAUUCUCGAUACCCCUAUAAAUUCAAAUAUAUUUUGCAAAGAACACACAUAAAAAUACUCAUCCUCCUAUUCUCUUCGUAGUAAAUUAGGUCCUUUUCAAGUCUUGUUCUCGAAGAGGGGGUAUUCAAGUAGUUCUUCGGUGUUAUACCUGACAGGAGCAAGUUUGCAGCCCUAGGAGGAGGAGUCGCAAACGCCUUUUUGGUGUGCCUCUUCACGCCUCAUCAAAUGAGAGAAAACGAAUCUGGCGCGCUAGCCUAACGUGGUUGAGCAGAAGGGAGAACGUUUUAGCGAAUAAAGUGAUGGACGAAAGAGGAUAGUGAUGCGGUAACUAGUGCAGAGUAAAAAGUUGAAAACGUCUGGACUUUGCUAAGGGCUUUCUGUAACGAAUUCAAAGUCAUUUAGGCUUUGCGUCGACGAAGAUCUUAUUCCGAAUGGCAGCUUCGAAGUGUAGCUAAAUGAAAACAAUGAUUUUGGCAUUCGAGUGAAUUAUGGUAUCACAGAACUUCCUAUUGCCGUUCAUCCGAACGUGAACGUGAUCCGUCUCUAGUGGCGUCCUACUUUUGUCAUGAAGAAUGAAAUGACAUUGUUGUUAGUGUUGCUCCGCCUGCUUGGGGCAUCGUGGCAGUUGUGUGUUUUGGAAGUUGAGCAAAGUUGAGGGCCAUUUUCAAUGAAAGUAAUCUGUUGACUGAUUUGGAUGCAGUUUCGGAAGACAGUGACAAACUGAAUAAUCUGUUAUAUAUGUCGUCUAAAAUUCACAUAAUCUUCUUAAAAUUUCCAAAACCUAAAGGUUUCACGGAUUAUUUGAACAUAAUAAGCAGUUCUUUUGACGUUGUUACAGUACUGACAUAGCUAUUUUGAUUGCUCGUCAGUCUGCAUGCAUGUCGCAUUUCUAAGCGUAUGUUACUUAUCACAUAUCACUAUUAUAUCAGCGCUUCGCCCUUAACAGAGACCCAACCCCGUUAAUAGAAAUUACUGAGGAUGUUGAAAUUGCUGCUUGCGGGAGGCAGUCCGAGUAUGUUUCACAGUCUUUCCAACCGGUCAGCACAGACGAAGCCGGGUUCUUUUUUCAGAAUUCUUUCUCCAGUCGCGAACAAUAUCCUGUUUUUAAAAAAUCUUCUCCGGAAAAAAUUAGACAUUGAAGGAAUUGGAGUCUCCAGAUCCAGACGAAAUUCCCAUCAGGCUUCCCGACGAACUUGUUGGUGAAUAGUUCAUUUGAAACUGCAACACGCUCUCUCGAGUGAAAGCUGGUGCAUAUUACUCUCCAUGAAGGCGGUAACCGAGCCUCGGUGUAAAAGUACAGACCUGCAACCUUAAUGUAAAUCCUCUGCACAUUCGUGAAGAAGACUGUAAAGAGCGAGUUUAUGAACACCCUAGCGACCAAUAGUCUACUGUCGAACUGUUCACACGGCCGUUGGAUGGAAUGGUUUUGCACGGCCAUCUUGCUUCAACCUGUCGGGCUGGGCCCGAACCCUCGAGGAUAGGCCAGCGGUCCACAUCGCUUUCACUGGCUUCGAAAAGGCCUUUUAUUCGGCGUCACGCCAGCGACUUCUGUACAAACUUGAAACAAUUGGAAUCGGUGUCGACUUCCUAAAAUGGCUUAGCAGCUUCCCUGCGGGCAGCUUUCGGGUUUUCGUGCAGACCAGGAGAAAUGCCGUCCUACGAAGACGGGCUUUCCCAGGCUCAGUACUGAACCCAGCGUACUCGGGAGAUUACGUAAAAUACUUGGACUGCGAGACGGCACUCUUUGCAGACGACGAGAAGGUUUGAAGUCUAGUCCACAGCACUUCCGAUGAAGAUAGUUUGCAGCUCGUCAUAAGUCGGCUGGUGGGAUGGUCACUUGGUUGGUCUUCGUAGUUCGGAGACGACUAAUAUAUUUCACUCUUUCUAAGUAACCAAAACAGAUCCGUAGAUAAAAGAGCCAAUUUUCUCUGCCGGACCCCCUUGCAACAUGUAGAACCUCAAAGGUAUCUCAGUAUGCUGGCGUCAAAAUCGCUAACGUCGUUUGUUCGUUGUCCAAAGGUGGCUAAAUGCUCACCGUCCGUACCGCACGCCAUCAAGAGGGCCUUUGUAGAUUUCGAUGGAAACAACCUCUUCCUGAUCUUCGUAACAGUUUCGAGCCGGAAUUUGGAUCACGCCAGACAAGCCUUGUAGAACCUGAACAGCGCAAGGUGAUAAGUGCCACGAAAGGCCAUCAAGAUGGCUAAGGGUUAAAGUUCGUUGUCGUAUGCAGCCAACAAACCUAAAACUCUGCCUUCUGUAUGAUAGACAAAUGCAUUCUGCACUGUGAGUGGGUUGGAUUAUAGUCUGGUCUUUGACUGCUUCUUUGAAUUUUCUGUCACAACCAACUUUUGGGUUUACCCAUCAAAACUUGGCGUUCAGUGUGCAAGGUUGGAUAUGUGAAAUCGUCCUCCAGUAGGAUCAUUAAACCAUGGAAUGUCCCCCGGGCAGAUGUUGUCACCAUUGGUGGAGGACUGCAGAGGGAACCUUUGUGAAUUUAUGUUCCAAAGUGAACAGGAAUAAUUAGAGCUUCAUUUUCUCACUUAAUUUUCAUGUCCUAUUUUCGUGAACCUCGUUAUGCCAGCGCACCAGGUUUUUUGUAUACAGCCCCGUGUUUUAGAUUCCCGCUAGGAUUUCCAAAGGCUCGCCCCCAUAUUCGUUUCAACAAACUGAAAUGGGCUGAUCUGAACUGUGUACUGUCUCCCCCCUCCCCCUUUCAAUGUCACUUUUAUUUGAAGUUUUACGGAUGUUAACUAUAUUCUGCAAAGACGGCUGUGCAUGAUGCACUCGUCAUAAGAUGCAUCUGAUAGGUGUUGCUCUCUGCGUCUUUCUUCUAUGGAGGUCUCAUCUUGGCUCGGGGUGGCGCAUACUGCAUUUUGAGGUUGUUUAUUUUGGUAUAGUACGAUGUAGCUAUUACCCUCUACGUGGAACACCCUAGCAUCCGUCGUCUUCAAAACCACAUAUGUACAAGAAUUUAUUGCCUUAGGAAGUUGCUUGUAGCACUAACAUUUCCCGUAAUCACUCUUCCUGGCUUGUAUGAAGUGUUUCUACAGGAGGUGUUCCUUUUAGCCAACCCGUUUGUGCAUGGUGACCGAAGCCACUCUAAACGUUGUGCAUUUGUGUACUGCAGUCUCCUUAUUUUCUGAACGCUCUAUUGGGCAAGUUUUCUGCCCAUACAAUUUUCUCCCGGACUUCACCAUUUUCCACAUUUACACUCAGGGUGUCUUUCAUGUGUUCUUUUUCAUAUUUCCAUUUCUGUUCUUCAGGCCUACGACGUGUUCGUCCGAGAGCGCCUUUGCACCCACGUCAUCACGUAUCUAUCCGAAAGCCCUCAGAACCAAAAACUUAUUCUUGACGGCCUUGAGGGCUCCUAUGCCCUCUGCCUUAUAGGUAAAUACUCCAGUUUGUGUUCUGCUAGUCAUGUUGUUUAUUUUGUGAUUUUGAAGACCUUCGACCUUCUGUCCACAGCACCUACAGUCCCGGCCGCGUUCUUAUAGACUAUCCCUACCCCUCGUUCAUAGGUCUAGUAUUUAGUCCUGCGCAAUUUAGCCACCUGGGAAGGGCGGACAGAAGCCACCUGAGAAGUAGAUUGAUUGUACGUCGGAAUUCACACAACCGUACAUGUUCAUUGAUGAGGAACAGCAAAACAGACGAUCAUCGUAAGUUGUCACAGUCAGUUGGCGGCCGGUUUUGUAAGUCUAAGGAACACUACGCGAGAAUAGUUUUGAGGGCAGAUUGAUGCACCGCUCAGUUCAGAUCUUUCAGGGGUUAAAAAGCCUCUGUUUUCGCUCGAGUCAUCCGGCAAAAUUUAAGCCAACAGUCAUCCUCGGGACAUAAAGUGCGCUUGGGUGUUCCUUGUUACCUCAACUCCGAGCUCAUUUGAAUUCUGACCAUAAUUGUCGUCCAAUUUGGAUGGCGCGGUCUCAGUGAUACUAGGUGUAUAUAUAUCGACUUUUGAAAAGCGCGCGAUUCCGCUGUCUACUCUCAAUGACCUGUCUCCAGUCGCCCCUGGCACCCUUUUAUUGUCAGUUUAGUAUGCUAUGCCUUCAAACCAUUCCUUGUGUCUUUCGGGGACUAGCACGAGAAUAUCGUAUUGUAAAGGUACAUAUGGAUUUAUUACGGGUUAUUUGGCCGCAAAAAGACUGUUUUUGGAUUCACCGCUGUAGGCCAAAAUCCACCUGAAGAAUCCUUUCAGUUGCGUUCGACUACGUGCCAUACAAUAGUUUCCGUUGCGGCGGAGAAUCUGCUGACAUCAUGCGCCUUCCUUUAUACCUUGGACCCCUUCCGCUGUUGCGAGUUAGCUUAAUGUAGGCAGUUGUCCUGUUUCUCACUUCCUCCAUAAUCUUGUGUUUAGGAAGACUGCAUGAAGCACAUUACGGAGUUUCUGUAGCACACACCUACGAGCUACAUCACGAGCAUCUACGACUUUAAAGACGCCAGUCGUGUGUGUUCCACUGACUGAAGGCAAACUUUGUUCUGACUUGCAGAUCAGCUUAUGUCAGUAGGUCCGAAAUGUGCCCUCUACUGGGUAGAAGCGGCCUGUACUGCACUUCUUCGAAUGCUACAGUAGGUGGGCUAACUCAUGAAAUCUCAAUCGAAACUACGAAAUGCGUUUUCGUUUCGAAAAGAAUAAUUAAGUAUGGUUGUAAAACUAAUUAUCAUGCAACAAAAUUUUAUAUAAUUCAGUUACCACAGGACGCCGACUUUCGAACGAACUUCUUUCCGGCUGCAUGCAAAAACUGUACUCUGUGAGAAAUGACUACUUACGUAGCAUGUAUCUUUCACAUUGAUUUUGGAUGUCCUUAAAAAUUUAGUUAUAUAUCAUGGAAAACAUGCGUAAAAUAUUCAUUAUUCUGCUUGUUCGGUAGAAAAUUACGUCCAUUGCAAUUUUUAUACUUGAACGAAGGGUAUAAUUUGGUUUUCAAAAACUUUUCCAAUUCCCGAAAAUUUUUGAGCCCGACCUGCCGUUACACUUCCAUUCAAACUACAUUUAAAACUGCAAACUACAAAGCUGUAUAUUUUCCGCGUACGAAAAACCGUAAAUUUCCCUACGGUAUUAAAAGGAGACCAUAUGGAAUUCAUAGAAUUUAGCAGUGGAUUUGAGCCAUAUUGUUAACUUUACAAGCCACAUUGGUAAAUCCAAAGACAUGACGCCUUGUGAACGGAUAUUUCACGGUAUUUAAAGAUCUCACAAUUAGAAAAUUUUUUAAAAUCAAAUUAUACCAUUCGUUCAAGUAUAAAAUUUGCAAGGGACGUAAUUUUCUGCCGAACGAGCAGAAUAAUGAAUAUUUUUAUGCAUGUUUUCCAGGAUACGUAACUGAAUUUUUAAGGGCAUCAAACAUCAAUGAGAAAGAUGCAUGCUGCUGAAGUAGUCAUUUUUACAGUGUAUUAUUUUUGCAUUCAACCUGAAAGAAGUUCGUUCGAAAGCCGGCAUCCUGUGGUAAUUGAAUUAUUAUAGGAUUGUGUUGCACGAUGAUUGGUUUUACAACCAUACUUAUUUAUUCUUUUCGAACCGAAAACGCAUUUCGGAAUUUCGGUUGACAUUUCAUGAGUUAGCCCACCUACUGUAUCUGGCUUGACCUCUUUGUGUCGUGGUCGGCAACGCACAUUGCCUUUUCGCAUUAUUUUGUGUGAAUAACCUUGCCGUUGUUUAGUGCCCGCCGUUCCUAUCGUCAAUCCCCGUUUUACUUCACACUUUCAGCCAACCUCAUCCACUUGAGUCUUCUAGAGGUGGAAGUUCUUGUCGAACAUUGCGAAGAGUUCUGCGUAAGCCUCCAUCCAUUUUCAUCAAUUUCGCCUGCAUUGCCUUGUUGAGACAGUUGUUACACCCAUCCCGACACAUUUUUCCUACUCAGUCAAGGCAUUGGUCAUUGAAUUUGGACUUUUUAGCCACAUCGUUUCUUUUUCAGACAAAGUAAAUGUCGUCCGCUUCCUUAAAUCCCUUUAAACUCCCACUCGGUUUGCUGUUUGAAACACAAUGGGGUUUAGAUUAGCCCCUUUUGACUUCAUUCUAGCUAAUCGUCACGCUCAGCAUUUUACGCCCUCAUCCCCUUUUUUGCACUCAUCAGAUUGUGCUGUCAAAGUUGCUCGAUCGUCUGGGUGGCUACGUUGGCCGCAAGAAGUCCAAUCUCACUAGCUGGCAUCCAAUUCUCGGCUGGUUCGCCCAUCCACUCGAUAAUUAGUGAGUUAUUCGCUCAAAUUAUGUGACGUUCAGGUGAGAUUUUGAGGGCUCUCUGGAGCGCAGAACGGUGUUUUUUAAAGCACGCAUUCAUCUUAAGCGCGGGCAGCGUGGUCAACAUUCCUGAAAGGCUCCAAGGCACAGUGCAAGCCUUUUAGACAAAUUCUUCCCUCCAUCUUCUGUCGUCUUCUGUUUAUGUUAAUAUUUGUCUUACUCCUCUUGACCCACUGGUUACUUUUAACGGAUGAGCUUAUUUCCUCCUCCAUGUAUGCACUCUGAUAGUAAUGAGUCUUUUUGCAAAGUUCCGCAAUUUCUAAUCAGACAACAUUUUGAAAUCAGACACUCUCAGGGAUAUUCACCCUUUUUUAAGAAAGUGGUCUUGUUUCUUGCAAUUCCCCGAGGGAGCUCCUCUCGACUCAAACGUCUCACCUGGCUGUCGCCGCAUGCCUAAAAGUGAUACCUUUUUCCUGAAAAUUCAAUCACCGCUGGAUCCGGUGGGCCAGGAGGACUAGAGGUGGGACGGUAAUCAGGCCGUUUCGAAAAUGGUCUAACCUAAUCUUAUUUAUCCUGCCGGUUUCGGUGCAAUAACACUGAUACUUAAGUCCCUCCUCAGUUUGACCAUGCCCUGCCUUGUCCUCAGUGCUCUCACAGAGUUCUUAGGUUUGACAGGCUUCCAACUGUAGAGGUCACUCAACACCCAAAAAUGGCUGUCAAUCAUGAACCAUCGUGAAUCGAUUAUUCGUGAUAUUUUGGUUUCUCCGCGGCUCCUGACUGGCCAGCUGCCGCCGUCGACAUUUUGGUCAUAUGCUAAAGGCAUUUGACCUACCAGACCCUCUAAGGAGUCACGAUACCAACUUUCAUGUGCCUCGUGAUUACGAAAGUGUCGGUGCAUUGAAAUGUGCCCCUUUCUCUGUGCAUUCUCUCUGAAGAUGAAACUUUAAUGGCUGAAAGUCCAUCUAUAUUUGACUGACUUUUGGAUGCGUGUCGAAAUUUUCCCCUUAUUUCAUAGUAUUUCACCUCUUAUAGUUUACUUACUUUGUGUUUUCACUGAUUUCCCUCCAAUCGCUUCCCGUUUCAUCACAGGCGCGCAAAAUGUGCAGUUGGCCAAUACUAGUUUGAACUACCUGGAAUGCUCCCAAGUCUCCCGGCACUGGUCUACACAACAGCCGAAAUUAGACUUAAGUGUGUUAUUUGGAGCAAAUUCCGGCAGUAUUUUGUACUCAUUGUUUGGUAAUGUUGGACUGUGCAUGCCAAGGCCAGGUGAAGGCUAGGGGUUUCAGCCAGCGUUUCUUGAGCCCUCUGCGUUGUGUGUACUAGACCAUAAUUCGUCCGUCUCAGGCGCUGAUGUCCACUCCGUUCCAUAAGAUGGAUUCAAUCCUAUUUCACCCAUGAAUUUGUUUGUGGUAGUAGAUUCACUUCUUCUGGGUGCUUAGUCCGAGGGAUGUUUUGUAGGGGAUGGGAGCAGGUUUUUAAAGUGCACUUUUUUCAAACCAAGUAAGAAUUAUACUUUUCUAUGGCAAAAGUAUCCUGCUUGACUUUCUAACGGUAGACGGCAAGUAAUAAUGGAAAUCUUGCCACGACAAAUUUUGAUUUCAAGUAAUUGCAGAUUAAUUAUUAGGUAAGACGUUUUGCAAUGCAUGAAAAGUAUCAUGGGUGUUUAUUCCGAGAGUCGUGCAGUAAUUCCCCACAAUAAACCCCAAAUACAGGCUACAAACGUCUACUCAAAGGAAAAAGCCUACGAUUGUAGCAGCACCGCUGCGGGAAUAUCUCAGACUAUCGAAAAAUACGACUGAGGCUUUUUAGGGACAUUCCUCGCCGGCCCUCCCAUGAUGUCCUUUGCUGCCGUCCUGACUCCGACGUCGCCGUCUGAUUGUAGGCGACGCAUGGGUGGCCGGUCCAAAACUAGUGUAGAAGUAGAUUGCCCUGGCGUCUAGGUGGCUCGAUGUUCGGUAUUUGUCCCUGGAGAGGGGGGUGACCUGCGAUCACAAAAUAUGCCAUCCUCAACCAAUAAUUGCAGAGAGGCAUUAUGCGAGGCCAAUUAAAUCGAUUCGAAUCGCGGUGAUUUCAAGCACAAUUUUUCUUCUUUGCAGCUUGCGUAGGUCCUUUCGUCUAAAGAUAUCCUUAAAAUCCAAUUGAGUUGCAUUUGCAGAGAAAAUUUGCAACUUUUCCGAUAUGUUAGCACUAGGAGGCAUUUAUCUAAAUUCGGAAUACUCGUGGCUACUCAGUUGAAAUGCGCUUAUUCGACAUUAAAACCCCGGCUUCCGCCAAAAAAACUUUCUACGACCGUGUUUUUCUCAAAUUCUCUCAUUCACCAGCAACAUCGGCACAAUUGAAUUCUGCGGGGCUUCAUCGUGGUCGUUCUUGUAUAAAACUCGCCACCCUCUUGUUUGCCAUGCUAGAAUUCAAGUUCAUUUAGAUUCAACCCCUACUACGACAGGGAUGUGGUUAUUAGUAAUUUAGUGGGCCAACGCCCUCUUCUGCUAGGCACACUCUUAGCUGCCGCGUUUUUUCUUACACACAGCCUACAGGCAGCAGUGCCCCAUGUGACCAAUCAGCUACGCUUAUUAUGGCAUGGUCGCAUGGUGCGACUUCUGUUCGCUGACCUCUACGAGCAGGAGGGCCUAGAUGGGACCCAGGAUCCUAUCGAAACUGUCUCCCCUACCUCCGGUCAGUCUCGCCCUGCUGCAGUGGCCGCUGCUACUGCAGCUGCCAAGUCCAACUCCUCCUCAAAGGCGUCGCAGAAGCGAUCAGCACGCAUCCGUCCCGGUGAGCAGACAGUCACUGAGCGCCAAUCUGUUGAAGGUCUGUUACCACCUAAUCCACCAAGCUUCGUUUCCCGCCGGACAGCUGCCAGUCGGUUCACGGAGCGUCUGACGCUAAGCCACUUUUUGCGCCAACUGGCUGCCGCCCGUCAUUCCUCUGCUCUUCCAGGUUGCAAAUUCAAGUAUAAAAAUGAGGGUUCCUCGAUGCCAACCUAUCCACACCACCAGUCUCGCAACGGUCCCGGUCCAGAAGACCUCCCACAGUCCAUCAAAGCUGUAUGUAUGCUAUACUGCUUCACCAUCGGAUCUCUCAAGGAGAUCAGGAACGACAUUCUUGCCGGUGGGUGCCAUCUUCCAUUCUCUGUACACCCGCUUGUGAAACAACAAAUCUACCCAUAUAUUCGUCAUAAAUUUUGAAAUUGGGUCUCGAAUAUAUCCACUUACCUUAAGCACUAUACUCGUAUCACCAUCUUUUAGGUUGGAAUCUAGUGGUUUUCUUUUUGACCUGCUAUGCAUGUAUUUGGAAGGGCGUCGUGGCCGCCACAAGCUUCCAUGGCGUUUGCUCAUCGUUCCUUGAAUGUGUAGGCCGCUUCUUCAGAGUAAGGCUAGACUAUCACCUGAUCAGGUAUUGGCCGACUAUGCUCGUAAGCGCGCAAUUCCUAACAAUUAGAACACCGGGUCCGGACAAGCUUGCACAACCAGAAGGCGUUUGUUACUGGGUGGGAUAGAGCCGCCAACUCCCAAAUUCGCGCCGAAUGCUCCACAUCUAGGCUCUUUUAGCCAAGCAGACCAGCUGUGAGAAUUUGCUAAGAUUUCCCUUUUCCUAAUUCGCAAUGAGCCUAUUUUAGUCUGGGCCGUAUUUAGGCCAUAGAAACUUUCUACUCUUGGACUUGCAUACAAUGUUAGAUGUCCGUCGCAAUUCUGUCUUUUGUGCUUAGGGGUGCGGUCCCACCAGCAGAAUUGCCUAUCCCGUAAUGUCUCCACGACACAGGUCAGAAGUAACUCCUCCUCCUGCCAGCUAGUCAAAUGCAGUCUGCCCUUUUUAUUUCUCUCUCCUAGGGCAUUUUGUACUUCAGUUCUUUCCAUUGAGACCACAGGCUAUGGCCCUCGUAGUACUCUCACGUUUCAUCCAGUGUGUAAUAAUUUUAUUUGCUGUGAUGUUGUGUUUAAGUACACCAGACGCUUAUUCAGCUUCAACAAUCAGGCAGGUUGGGAUAGCCCACCACAAUCGCCAGUACCCUAAGCAUCCUAAUGUGGUAUUUGUAGCACUCUCACAUGCAUAAGGUCCGAGCUUCCUCCCUUUUUGUGCAAGCCUGGUCCAGUGUUCGUGGGUCAAGUUGUAUGAUGCACACGUGGACAGGCUGUUUAGCUUUGCUAGCCGCCCCGCUGGAGCAUGUCCUGUAGUCGUCCUGAUUGUCUUGCCACCAGGUCCAGGUAGGUGAGGGAGGAGAGUGCUUCAGAUACUGCGCAAAUCUGAUGUCACUAUAAACUGAUUCAUGCGCAAGUCACUGCCCUGCGCCGACCAGGUCGUGGGACACACGGUGGAUGUCGUCACAUUCAACGGUCGAACUGGCAUAAUUUAAAUGGGCUGACGGCUAGAUCGCAGUUGGUAGCCAGGAAUGGGAAGCGGACGGCAACCUUAACCCUAAUCCUAACUUUAACCCUAACUCUAACCUCGACCUUAAACGUUAACCGUUAACCCUAACAGCAACCCUAACCGAACUCGUAAACGUAACCGUAUCCCCUAGACAUAGCUGUAACUGGAAAACCUAACCGUAAUACUGAAGCCUACUGGUACGCUCAAACCCUAACCGUAAACCGAAAACCUAAGCCUAAAGGCAUAACCCUAAUUCAAAAAUCCGAAACCACUAGCCGGUACCCUAAUCCUAACAUAAAAUGUAAAACGGAAGCCAAAUGGGUCAGAUGUGAUUACUGAGCCCCACAAAAUAGCCCCAGUAAACAAACCCCCCCCCCCCCCGCCAUCUGUAAUACGCGGCCUGACCACCAACUGCGAUCUAGCCGGAUUGACUGCUAAUUCCUUCCUCCCCCUCCCCUCCCCCCCCCCAAUCUUAAAAGGACCCAGAGAUGACUUGCGGCCAAUUUGGAUUAUAGUAGAGGGGACUUAAUCCGUGUGGGUCUCGCUCUCAUCGUACAUACAUUGUGCCCUAUUGGCAAAGAAAGGUCAAGACGUUUGCUCCCGCCUACGCAUUCCACACAAUUGCGCCUUUACCUGUUCACCUGAACCAGGCGUCAUUAACCCGCAUGCCAUACUGGUGAGAGUUGCGAUUAAGGCACGUCCAGUGCAACCCGACCUCCGGUCUAUAGCAAAACCGGGUACUCACCCUUUGGCAAUUUUUGAAGCCUUGACUCUUCCAGUACCUAGAUAUCUUAAAUGCGCGCCAAAUUAUGGUGAGAUGGUUGCGCAAGUUUGCCCUCCUUCGUUCUUCUGUCGCACAUAAUGGACCACCGACAACACAAUGUCAAGUUCACUGAGGAUUAGAUUGGGCGCUGCGGUUGACAGCACAUAGUCUUGUCUUUUUACGUGCUAAACCCUCUCGCCUCAAUUUAGGUGUGACUCAACGAGGCCGGUGCGGAUAACCUAGUAGUGUAGUACGCCCUCCCUGAUGUGCUGAGUCCCAUCUCGCUCGUGUUCUAACUGUUUCAAAUCUACCACCGCCACCAGGCCUAACUCUGGGCGAUCUUCUGCCGCGAAUGUGGAGGCUCAUCAGCCACGCCGGUUGUGUCCGCGACUGGGCAGCUGUUCUGGCCAGUCCACAGGCUGGCUGGCAGCUUGAGCCCCAAGCAUCCCACCUGCUUCACCUCUUCACCGCCGCCGCCUCCAACCUUCUCAUGUAGGUCACCCACUUUAAGCAAUUCCACUCCUUAUUGGUAAGAUCGUGAUUUCCGAUCUGGCUUAUUAUUUCGCCGGCACUUUCUUUUUUACAGCAUCCUCGACGAUGUUGAGGUGUUCGAAAAGCAAAAAGCCUUUGAACUGGAGGAACUUAUGGCCAUAUCAGACUUCUUCAAUCACCUCAUUUAUGAAACGGUUCUGUUAAAGCCCGAUCGUAAGUUGACUCCCCGUGCCACUCCUAUGAUCGGUGUAGUUAUUUUAUGUCAAUCCUCCAUACUUAUCUGGAGUGCUUUUCAUUCUCACUCAUCACUCGUAAGUCUUUGUACGGAAGUCUUAGUGGAAGCAGAGCAAGCGCAGAAAUCCGCUCUGUGGUUAAUGUUAAUUUUUCUGCAACCAAUUCACCUUCUUCUUUCGUAACCUUGAUGGCAACUUUUAAUAGCACUUUUCUGUACUCAUGACGACACUCAUUAAUGUCAGUGCUCCACAUGACCGAAUCGUCUCAAUCGGGGCCAUGGUUGAUGGGUCUUGUUCCUGGCCGACUCUGGAGGCGCGAUCAAGGAAGGAUUUAGAGAAUAAAUCGCAAGCAUGAUCAUUGACAUGCUUCCAGAUGAUGGAUAUUCACAGAAUGCCUUGGCUGUGCGUCGCGUCCAUAUGGAAGGAUUGUCUUGACGGAAGCCGCGUCCUACGCAGUUUUGGCUUUCUGGCUGUUCUCACGUCCAAUUCAUACGUUUCGGCAGAGUCAAAGACUAAUUGCGCAUGCUUUCCUUUUCACCUAACUAGUUUUUCAGGCAGCAGAAGCUGUCCACUAGCACAAAUGUUUCACCGUAUACGGUGACACGAUAGAGAUCUGCGACCGUUAAACCCAUCCUGAUUGUGCUUUCUUCGAGGAUUAUAUUUAAAGACCCAUUUGGACUGCCUGCACACAGCACUUUGUAUUUCCGUAAAGGCGUUUGUCCUCCCAAACUCCUCAAGAUUCAAAAAAUGCCUUUUCGAGUCACCCGAUCGUUGUAUGGCAUAAUAGGCUGUAAAAAAGAGCACAAUUGGAGUGAUCUCACUGCGCCCCGAACAUCUGUGCGGUUACUUAGUCUGCGAUUGUGGUUAGUUAUUGAUACAGGUCUGUUUGAUCUUUGCACCCGAAGUGGAGCCGCCUAAAACGGCGACUAGCAGUCGUACCUGCUCCGUGCAAGCUCUGGAUAUAACACGGAUGAAUAAAGUGCUGCUUCGUUUGUCCUCUCGUACUCUUAAGGUCUUUCAUUUUAACUACAUAUUUGUUAGCUAGAGAAUGCAUUUCUUCGCGCUUCUUCCCCCCCCCCCUGAUGAAAUGAAGUGACCACAGGAAACAGCGAAUAAUGCCUACCACAUCACCUACUCCAUAAGCGUCCUACAAGUUCCGUUUGAAUGUCAGUUUUAGGCCACAGACUGUCAAUGGCAGAUACUUAUGAGUUGUAUUAUGGCAGUGAGAUUUAGCGAACAGGCUCGGCUGCAUUCUAUUCCAGCUGUUAUUAUGUGUACCCUGAGUUGGUUUCAAGUCUUCAAAACCACGUUAUCAAAGUCAUUUGUACUAAAACUGACUCCUUGGUAAUCGAUUCCGUUUUUUGUCUGUCCUACAGCAUCUACGUUGCUCUUGGUUGACUCCAUCCAAAAGCACGCGGCCUCGAGCCCUUCAAGACCAGAUGCAAACGAUGCUGCGAUGAACGGUUCUCAGUCUUCCGUUACCGGACCUACCGUAUUUGCUAUUUGCCUUCGCUUCCUUGGGGUUCUGUACGAUCGCGAUGGCCGCCGGAAAUUCACACCAGAGGGCUUUUGGCUGAUAAAGUAAGUUGUCACCGCCUCCUCGACUGUUCUAAGUGAAUUUCCGUCGCAGGCUCGACCCGGUCGUUAAGGUCCCCCUGGAAAAUGGUUGCUAAAGAAUGUCGUCGACAAAAGUAGCACAGACACACAUACAUACGGCAGUCCGACCGCCGUGGUAGACGGUGACUUCCGUGUGAAUUAGUUUAUAGAGAUGGGGGACUUGCGCAGCAUCCAUCGCACUCAUCUACUAUCACACCCCCUGGUCCAAAACGUACACUUACUAGGAUUUUAAACAACAAGAAAAGAAGGAGGGGGCAGCUCGAAUCUCAGUUGGCGCGGCGUGAGCCUUCACCUGGUCCUGCCGCCACCGCACCUCAGUGUUGGCAUUUGUUGCGGAUGCUCAUUCCCAAUAACGCCUGCCGGACUCCGAUCUAGUCCCCGUGUUGGUCCAGCGCAUCUACCGCGAGGCCCGUGGUAGGGGCACAGCACACACACACACAUACACUGAUUUAAUCGUUUAAUCGACUGGAACUCGGCAGUCUUCCAUCUUAGUCAUUUUACCGGUCUUGGUGGUCGCCUAUCAUCCUAGCCUUCUUCAGUCCUCGUGCCCAUUCAUCCCUAGUAUGAGCUACUGGCGAAUUCUAAAACAGAUAACGUGGUUGUUUGCAAAGCCCGAGGUAUUAUUUCAAUCGCUCAGAUACAGGAAGAUGCGGUGAGCAAGUGUAGUGCACAGGAUUUUCUGAUCGCCUUGUACCAGUUUGUCCUUCUCAAUCCACCCAAUUCUAGCCCAGAUUACAAUGACCUCUCAAAUAUCCACCAGCCAUCACUGACGCUGAUAAGUGUAUGCAAAUGAGGCUCGCGUUCUCGUCCUCGGCGACUUUUGUCCUUUUUAUCUACUCCCACUCCGUGUUUUUCUGUUAUUUUUCUUCCUCUCAAAUCUAUGGCCAAAGCCAUCAAAGGUCCAGUUUCGAUUUGUAAUUUACACAAUUUGAGAUGGUCGCCGGCCCCUCAUACUGUACCAAUCUACCCCAUAAUUAUAAGUUCACCUGCCUUUUGGCCGACCUCCCAGCAGGUUUGAACAGAUCGACUCCGCGUAACAUGUGACUUAUAGGAUGAGAACGUUUGGUGUGAACAAGGUUUUACUGCGUAAUGAUAGAUAGAUAGUAAGAGUGGUCCCAUAGCUUUAGAUUCCACUUUGUUGUCAGGCGUUUCUUUGCGUCUGGAGUGGGAAUGAGGCGCACUGUAAAUGGUACGUUAUGUCCAGUUUUAAGUAAAUGUCACCACAGUCCAGUAGGAUGAGAAAAAUCCGGUGAUUAGCACUCACAAGUUGAUUUUUUAAAACAAAUUAAACGGACUACAGUCAUUUUGACGUACAGAUUCCUAGAGAUGUAAGUUCGACGGAUUUUAAGCGAAAAUGGAUUUUGGGCGUUGUCUGCAGCGGGUCUUUGCAGUAGGAGGAUCGGAUAACGCCUGGAUAGAUCGAAGACCGUGAUGGUUAAACAUGUAGUAGUUCGUGAAAAAUGCUGUAAGAAACGACAAACCUGAUGGAGGCGGAGUUAUACAUCUCAGAUAAUAAUGUCAGUACUGCUUUAGGUAUCUGCGAGAGACAAGAGUAUGCGCAUUAUCCAGCGAGAUUUGCCGCUGGAGUUUCCACAGAAUCAUUAGAAAUUGAUUGCUUCUCCCUCAUCAGAAGCUCCUGCAAGUACCACCGUUGAUUAAGUACCCCAAGGAACAACGAAUGCACUGGACUGAUGAUCAGGCUGUCUGGGCAGAUAAGUGACCCAAGGUGAUCUUCCCUGAUAAAAAUAAAUUUUGAUCUGGAUGGUCCGGACGGCUGAACUGUUUCUAGCAUGACCGGCGUAAGGAUUCUGAUACCUGCAGUAGAUGAUCGUGUGGAAAUUGUAAUGCGAUGGUCUGGGGGCUUUUGUUUCGCGCAGCAAGUUGGAAUUGGCGUUUCAACGAUAAAAAAUGUUGCCAACCAUACGUUGACACAUUUUCUGCUUAACUACCGCCUUGUGUAGGCCGACACAGCAGUGGGCGCGUGGUAUUCCAACGAGACAACUGUGGUAUACAUAGAAAUCAUGGAUUGAAACAGUGGCUAAGAAGCGGCCGAAUCGAGCCAGUGACUAGCCAUCUGAGCACCGAUCUUUAUCUAAUUGAGGAUAUGAGAACUGUUAUUAGGGUGUGUAUAGUGCAAUGACUCAACUUUCCAACUGAAGAAUCAACUGAAGGAGGCUAUUUAGUAGGUGCUAGAUGCGCCGAGUGAACAGCAUUUGAAAGUUUGAUUAACACAAUGAAUAACACUUGUUUUAAAAUUGUGAAGAGAAAUGUAGGUCAUGUAUCCUAACAAAUUAAGCAGUGACAUUGCAGCGUUAGUGGCCUUAUAAUUGCGGACCAGCUGCCUAUUGACCAUUACUACUUGGCAGUAGGAUGGAUCAUUUUGUGAUAAGACCUUUUUCACCCAAAAGUCUGUCACUCUUUUACUUUCUGAUGCAAAAGACCGCUUCGAUCUACUCAAAGUUAUUAGAACUUCAGCCAAAACGCAGGCGGUUGUAUUUAAUCUGCUGAUUACUCCACAACUACUUUGCAUAUCUCUUUAUUCUAACUGAAUUUCGUUUGUUUUUACCUAUGUACUGCAUGGGCUUUUAGGGAACUGAAACCAUCAGCCUUUUUGGCGGACUUGAGGAAGGAAAAAGUUCAUGCAACGUUCCUCCUAAAACACGUCCCACAUAUUAUUCCCAGGAAAGAGGCAAGGGCAUUUCGGAAAUUUUCUUUUCGUCUGUUUACUAGCCUGCUGCAAAUUUAUUUCUAUUUGUCUUACCUUUGCCGUGCAUUGUUGUCAGAUAUGUACAACCGAUCUCCUCAAAUGAGCUUCGACCAGUUUCCUAGAGUGCCGAGCCAUUUCACCGAACUAAGCCACUUUAGGGACCCAGAAAAAUUUCCAGCGCACCCUCUUGAUUUGUGUAGAAAAUAUGCCUAGUUCAUGGGGUUUAUUGUUUCGGGCCUCAAAAAUUUCACCGCUUCAGACCGUUAUUCAUCGGCUUUUCAGCCUUUUUCAAUCCCCUUUAGCAAAUUUGUCUGAUAGGGUCGACCAUGUCCUCAAUGUCAUGCUGUUAGUCAGUCUGCACACCCUCAUACCUACCCUGUUUAGGUUUUGACUUGGAAAUUCUACAAAGUUUGGCAAAGUAUUGCCGUCGAUUCGACUCUACUUCCCUUGUUAUAUCGACUUUUUCCAUUCAGAAAGCUGGCGAGUUGAGUUGGUUCGUCGGUAGCAUGGAAUUUUCUUCGCUCUUGAUCAUGGCCCAUGAGUUCUAGGCGUACUGCAAAAACAUCACUGAAACAUUGUUUACCUUUUAAAAAUCUGUUGAUGUUUCAGCUCAAUAUGUGUAUAAAAACCAUUCUUCGCAGGCUUACUUUAAUAGAGCCCAAUUCCUAUGUCAGAUCCAGUGUCCGAUUCCUUUUUGAUUUGCCGUGCCAAGUAACCACGCUGAUUUUUUCAAUUUCGAGUGAUCUCGCCCUCAAGACUGCUUUUAAACUAAUUUCAACCAUGCAAGGACAUUGAGAUGUUUCAGGCGACAAGGAAGACAGUGUACCUCAUACCUCUCAAGUCUUAUCUAACGAGACACUCGAAAGUGCGGAAUUAGAGGAUUCCGCUACCGAGCUUGAUCAGUAUUGGGGUUUCGUGGACGGUAGUUUUUCCAUCAGACAGCUGGGAGUUCUACAAGUCUCAAACCCAAACUAAUACAGUGCCGACAUUCCUUCCCGGAAAAUAAUAGCCCUCACUAUUUGUGUGUCUGUCCUGACCUUCAGCGACUGCGUAGUUUUCGUGAAAUAAAGCGGCGACAACAGGCAGAAACAGCUAUAGCGUCUGGUUUUGAAUCCUACAUCAGCGUGGAUGUCUGCCACCGUCCAAAGUCCGUUUCACCAUCUGGGGUCCUCGGGAAAUUAAUACCCCCGGCAGUUAAUUCUCACUUCAUACUUUAUGACAGCCGCCUCUUGGGGACAGGCGGACUGCUCAUUACCUGCCCGAGAACCGGUCAGUCAGCGGCGGGCGUAUUACCACACAAAGGACACGUUACUGCUAAUAUCGCUAUAGUUCCUGUCUAUUCGCUAGCGCCGCCUGCCGACCGGCGCGAUAGCGGAACCUUCUACUUCCAACUGCAGGAACCGCCUGAUGGACUCUCCUCACCACUUUGUUGUCAAGUUCGGCUUCUUGCUGGUUAAUGAGAGCAUCAACCUAAUCCUCCUUAAAGUUUCACCCCUCGUGCCGCCUCUUUUUUUGGUUUAAAUGCGUUUUAUCUUUUGUUCCCUACAGAGAGUCAUCCUUUUCCGCGAACUUGUGCGAGCGAACAAGGCAUCUCUGGGUAUUUUGUCUCAAACAAACUGCAUGCUGGACAGUGCCGCUGUCGGUGCAGUUAUCAUGAUACACAGAAACCGCAUUGUUGAGGUACGCUGAGGAUUUUUAAUGAUUGCCUAUUUCAUUGUGAAUGAAAAACGCGGUCUCAACGUUGCUGCUCUCUCUCUCUCUCUUUGGGCGCAACAAUUGUCAUCCUCUCUAGAAUCACAAAAUCUCCUUUUAUAAGACUUUAUCAAUUCCUUUCCCGGAUCAAAUAAUUCAACCAGCCGCAUCAUGAAACCAUGUUAUCCUCCCUGCAAAAUGCUAGCUGUCAACUGAGGUCUUGUUGUGCUUUGAAAAGUCUGAUUUCGAUUCCUGUGACUAGACAGUGCCGCUCUUCAAGUUGUUGGUAUUCUCAUUUGAAAUUAACAUGGGAAAAUUUGUCUUCCAAACACAGAAAUCAGAGGAAUAAUUACCUAAGAAAUUGUUUCUCAAAGUUGCCCUGGUCGCGUCGGCAGUGCCGAAAGUUGUUAAACUGCGAUUGGACACUGCACAUAUGUAUAUUUUAAACUAGAAAGGAUCUUCGACGGUGACUGGUGCGAAACAGUUCUCCACGUCUGCUCAUAUGUGAUAGCAGGUUCACUCUUAGAUAAUAAACUUCACUGACGCCGGUGUCAGCAACGGUCAGGAAGAGCUCACUGCAUAAAUAGUUUGCAUUUUCCUACAUAUUUUGUGUGCUUGUAUUGAUUUGGUUAUAUUUUCUCGAUUUUUUGGGUUAUGCUGUCUUGAAGCAUCAUACCUCAGAGGAGUUAAUAUUUCGCUUUUAACAAAUUUUUUCACCGGGCGAUUCGUUGAGACAUUCGCUCGAGGGCAUGUAUAAUCUGACAUUAUCGGGUUUAUUAGUUUUGCUUAUGGAAUUCUGUCAGGGCAUAUUCUUACAGACUCUAAGCACCCGGAUAUCUUCGCCUAGAGAAAUGACGAGAAAUACACAAUUGCUUUAAGCAGACACAGUUAUGUCACGUAGUUUCCAAUAUUUUAUAGUAUGCGAAAAGGUGGAUUGUGUUUCGGAUACACAAGAAUUACCGAGGUUUUUAAUGCCAAGUGUUUUGUACUUUCAGACACUGAAUGUUUAAGGAGUGGUGAGUUUUUCCCUAGCGUGCAUAAAAGGUUAACUUUCUGCCUAUUCUUCCGAGCAGUUAUACUCGAGUCUAUUUAAGCGUCCAAAGUCGAUGGAACGCAUACAUUCCACAUAAAAUAGUGACUCCUCGAGUUUUGUUAACAUAGGCUGUUGGAAGGGCUUGCAGUCGGAAGCCAACAGGCUGCCUCGCAUACAUUUGACAUUCGGGUUCCAUGCAAACCAGAACUGCGACCCGGUUUGCGUAAUCGCCUGCUGCUGACAUUUAACUCAAAUGCGUAUGGCCUUUGGUGCACUAGCGGUUUGCAUCUCAGCCGGUUGACCAUCGAACAAGGCUUUCUUCGUCAGUGCAUAACGGCUUCAUUGCAUGCUGACUGAGAUGGGGACCAUUCAGGGGUCACAUGGGAGUGACAUGCGCCGAUCUAUCGCGAUUACGGAGCCGGAAACUGGCUGCACACCCUCAUAUCCUGGAGCAGAAUGUCCUAUUCUUCCGUGUACCCCUGACAAAAUCUGUCAGGCCUGGGUGCGAUUGACAUGCGCAGUCAGUUUUAACAGUUCUUCGUCGUGCGAAUGUCCCCAUGCUUCAAUUCAAUUGGUACUCACAUCGUGCAUGAGCGAUGCAUCAAGCAUCCUGCUGUCCGUUGUUCGAGUUUGGAUUCGUAAGCAAGCUCAGUCCAGAGAGAGAGAGUAAGGAUGCAGAUCGUUUUUGAGAGUCAGCCGAUGUAACUUUUUCAUCACAUUCUCACCUAUCGAUUUUCAACUCUUCUUCUAUUUUAUAACCGUAUUUUAUGUUAAGGACAGGGAGCCCUUCCGACUCCUUCACCUCGAUUUUCUUUCCUUUGACCAUUUAGGAUGGGUAUCAACAACUGGCCAAUCUGAGCACUACUCAACUUCGGAUGAAAAUCCGAGUCCAGUUCAUCAACGCCAUGGUAAUCUCGUCCUUACUCUUUUCGAGUCCUUCUUGUGGUUUGAGAGUUUUAGGGAUCUAGUCAUCGACAGUAAUUCGCAUUGUUGACAACGGUUGGGAUUUUCUGCAUCCGUUGAUACUGCCGCCUUUUUGCGCAUUUGCAGAUUGCACAUAUCAGCUCAAGCCAUUCCCUUCUCACCGCUAUUUCUGCUGUGCUUUGUGUUUCCCUUCCAGGGCCUUGACGAAGUGGGUAUCGACCUUGAUGGGGUCUUUAAGGAGUUUCUGGAAGAAAGUCUGCGCCGUGUUUUUGAUCCCUCUUUGAAUCUCUUCCGCGUUACCACCGAUCAGCGCCUCUACCCGUCUCCAACUUCCCACAUUCAGGAUGGCCACCUUCAGCUGUUCGAGUUUGUAGGAAAGUUGCUGGCCAAAGCCGUCUAUGAGGUAGGUUCCCUUGCAGAAGAAUCUAUGAGAGCCUCUUUUUCGACAAUGCUCGUUUACUUUGUAGCUAGCUUUUGUAUCCUGCAUUGUCUAAAAUUCAUACCUUCUGGCUAUCGUACUUACCGAGCCUUAGGAUGUACUGGCGAACUUCUUAAUCACGCGUUUAAAUACAAAAUAUUAGACCAGCCGGGUUCUACAACUGAUAAGAAUAUAUCAUGAUCUAACGAUUUUCAGUCUAACACGACAUGUUCGCUCUCAAGUGCAAAUCUUCCCAGGUAGUUAGAGAUGUCCCGCCCAAAAAGUACAGCCCUACCUAAUUGGCACGCAUUCUCCCCCUUCUUUACUCCUGGAAUUUUGAACAAAAAGUCCGUCACUUAGUUACUUUGUAAAAUAUUACUCCAUCAGGAAAUGAAGUUUUUCGGACAUCUAGAAUAUUUCGACUUCAAAAGUUCAGUCCUUAGCAUAUUUUUGAAACAUAACUUUCUUCUUCCAUGUCAUUGGCAUUUACGUUCACGAAAAUAUUUUUAUAUAAUAGGGCCUAUGCUGCUACGGGGCACGUCUUAGAAUGCACAAAUUCAUGAAACUAUCUGCACGCCUCCUAAGAAGACCCAGCGACAGCUACGAUGUCAGGCCGCGCACGAAUUAGAAAAAGCCUCCAGUGUCUAAAUUGCCAGUCGAUUUUUCAGACUGAAGUCCUUUCUAGGAAGACAAUUUUAUUUUUUUCGACUGAAAAGACAACUCAUAGAAUGUUUGUAACACAUGUGAAGAUGUUUCUUAGUUAGAGCAUUAUGAGGGUUUGGAAAGCUAGCAUAUUUGGACGGUUCUAUUAGUCAAUUGCCGUAUAAAUUUAACCCCUUGUACCUCUUCUUCAAGUUUGCUCUACUUUUCCAUUAUACUUUUUCUCACACUAGGGCAUUAUUGUUGAUGUGCCUUUUGCCAACUUCUUCUUGACUCAAAUACUCGGCAGACAGCGCACAAGCUGUUAUAGCUUCCUGGAUGAACUGGCUACGUUUGAUCGAGACUUGUACAAAAGCCUCACCUACGUAAAGGUAAGUUCUCCUAACAGCUUGGUGCAUCUCAUUAGAUGUGUGCGUACGGCUUAAUUAAAUUGCCCCAUGUCCUUGCUGAUUUUUUUUAUUCAGUAAUUUCGGGAAACUUGAGAUUACGCGUGCUUUACCGCUGCGUCCUACCUUUUAGCACUAUGAGGGCGAUGUCUCGGAUCUGGAACUUACCUUCUCCUACGAUGAGGAUUGUCUGGGUCAAAUUGUUGUUCACGAUCUAGUACCAGGCGGACGCUAUAUAACAGUUACAAAUGACCUAAAGUAAGCCACUGCCCCUCUCCGUGGCCCGUCACACCUAGGCUGUCUGCUUUCUUGUUUUAGUAUGAAUGAACUGCAUCUUCUCUUCCUAUAAUCCCUCAAUGACACCCGAACCCCCACCAUGAUCCGCGGCUGUACUGGGUUCAGCACGCUGAGUACACCCCUUUGUCACAUUCUUAAGUCUGUCUCUCAGCUAUAUUUGACUCUAAUUUACCCCCUAGACCUCUUCUAGCUUAUUCAUCCCUAUAACUCCCCAUGUCCAACGAGCAUUUGUCCCUUGGCAAACAAUUGGGCCCUCCAUGAGUCAAAAACAUGCUACUUAAUAUCCAGUCAUGAGCAUGUCGAAGGUGAAUACCCGAGCGUGUUCGGUUUGUUUUCUUUGGCGUCAGACCCUUUGUUCCAUUUAAUUAAUCUAUCCGCAUGCCCGUUCUACCUUUUCAUGCACUUUCCUACCCUAAGUCUCAUCACUGUAGUCCGCUGAACCACUAGCUUCCAGACACCUUGGUCCGAGCCUCUGUCCUGCCCGCCACAAAACGAUCACUACAUUGCGUUCACUGAUCUAUCCUGGCAGCCAGAGGAAACGAGUCACAGGAACCUGCCUGUGCCACCACCCACUGACGAGAACAAAUGGCCCAUAAGUAACCAAUCCAGUCUCUGCCAUUCCCAGAGUAAAAAAAUUCCGAAGUACGAGAAUGUCCAAUGAAGAUUAAGAGGAUUGUCGUCAGAAACGGAAGAGUGAUCUAUACUGUAUUUGGGCGCUAUUCGUGCCUAUUUCAAACCUAAAUUCUAAACACCUUUUUUUUCCUCAGCCGAUCAAAUGAAGUUGUCUAAAGUGGCAUGAUUAUAAAGUCCAGCUUUCUAUUCAAUUCCAGUCCAUCGCUUUGCUCCGUUUCGCCCAGCAAGUAAGUACUGUAAGCAGACACGUCUAUUUUGCGGAAGCAGCCCUCUGGACCGCGCACAAAUAUGUUUAUCAUCCUCAAAUGUGCAUGAUUAACAGAAGCAUUCUCCCGAGGUGGAACGUGAAUUUUGUGCGAAACGCUGAUUCAAAGACCGUUUACACCGACUAGUAGGUCCACAAAAUGUACUGGUAAUGUUCUUUCCUGGCUUUUAAAGACUAAAUCAUGGGAAAGUACCUGCCUCUUUAGCUUUGUGUAAAGAUUUGCGGCAUUCACCUGUCUCAAUUGUAACUAGCCCGGUACAGAGACAAUUUCACCAUUGGAGAUAACAUAGAACUCUCAACGAGCGUUAAGUGGACGCCCACUUUUAAACUAAACGGAAGUCAUUGCCAGGCUAUGCCGUUCUAGGCAUAAAUGCACACGUACGAGGUUUAACUGGCUACCCCUCUCCGUUUUGGCGAUAAAAUUGGUGUAUCGGGUUGACUACGCUGCGACCCCUGUGGGCUUCUGCGUAUAAGUCAAGAGACGCCUAUUCCCACAGUGUAGGAGUUCACUACGUGUACAAUCUAAAGUUGCCUCUCCUUCUUCUGUUGCUAGAAUAAGUUACGUGCAUCGAGUGGCUCUCUUCCGAAUGUACAAGCAAAUCCGAGCGCAGACGGCCAGUUUCGUUCGCGGCUUCUACUCCAUCAUCAACCCUGACUGGUUGGCAAUGUUCUCCCCCCUCGAACUGCAGCAGCUUAUCUCCGGAGACUCUGUCCUCAUCGAUUUGGAGGACCUGAAGUCAGCACCCACUUUUUUCUUCACCUCUCUCUUUCCUCAUGUGUUUGUCAGAGUCCCCGCUCGGCAAAGUCAAUGAAUGCUUUCCGCACAACCUUUAGCACGCCUUACCAUCCCAGUGCGUAUCAGAUACCUUCCCUUGCAAACCUGGGUUUCGUGCAAUUUGGUGGGCGAACCGCUGAUAUAAUUGGAAAAACUAGCAUCCAUAGGUUGUUGACAAGGACAAGAAGCAGUAGCAUGGCCAUUUAUGACUUAUUUACCGCAUUUAGCCAGUGAAACCACAAAUCCUAGCCCAAGUGAGGGAACAUUUGACUUGAAAUGUUCGAUUGGCAAUUGACUCAGAUCGAAGCUCUGGGAGCGUUUGACAGCUGAUAAGCCGGAAGUGAUUACCUUAGUGUUCCUAACCUCUGCCGGUAACAUUUCCCGUUGACCGAUUUCUCCGCGCUGCCCGAAAGUUCUAGACCCGCAACUCUAAGGCAAAACGGAAACGCCCAUAUCCAUCCUGUAAUGAAGAUGGGACGCCAAACACCCCUAAUACUUGCUGACAUCCUCGACCUUUUUGAAUUUUUCUGAGAAACCAGUUUAACGACGCCGUGCUUUCCGUGUGCUAGGCAAUUCCCAAAAAUCUAGUAGGCUACUUUCCGGCACAAAUCAACCUUGCCCUAGAAGUUAUCGGCAGCCCACACUUUUUUCCGUCUCAUUUUUUUGCGGAAAAUCCUUUCAGAUAGCCAGAGCAACUGAAGUGUCCGGAUGCCUUGAUAAGGCUUUACUCUACGUUAUCAGUCAAACUAUACCUGCUCUCUGACCCACAGGUUUUCCUGUUCCUAAUAUAUUCGUAGCUUCUAUAUGAUUUAACCCAGUGUUAAUAAUUACUAAGGCAAUGUUCACGAAACUCAUACGUCUUGCCCGUGCCUAGCCUUAAGGUACUAUGAUUUCCGACUUUUUCUGGCGACUUCUUGCUUGUUUUAUGAAUUUAAGGAGUAUGCAGUCGGUCAAUUGAGCAGCAUACUUUUAUCCAAAAGGUUUUGUUUCCCUGUUACCUCCUCAACCGUCCAUUGUCUGUGGGCUUAUUUAAUGUGUACUCCUGGGUUGCCUAAGGUUUGUGAGCGUCUGCUAUGCCAUUGCUCAGCAAACCGUGACCCUCGCAGCCUGGUGUGCGCUGGCAGUUCUCCGGUGCCUACUUUUCUGGCGGUAGAUGCGCUUACGUGUGCACGGCUGCCCAGUCCUCCACGUCUUUUCUGUUGUCGGUCAAAAUCCUAGUCAAGUGUUUGUUGUGAACCAGAGGGUGUGGGGUGGAUCGCCCAGGUGCGGGUUCAGCCGCGCCUCCCACCUGCACCCUCCCCGUCUUUGGUCUUCUUGACUCUGUCUCGACACCAGGCCAAGGUGGGGAGGAGAGAGUGCGGUUGAUUUUGCGCAAGUCUACUCUCACUAUAAACUAAUUCACUCGUAAGUCACCGUGCCUGCCCCACCGCAAGGUGGAGCAGGCACGGUGGACAUGGUCGGAUGCAACGGUCAAACUAGCAUCCUUGGGUUCUACCCUUACGAAAGUAUAAACGAUCACAUUUGCGACUGUUCGCCUUACAGACAACACACCAAGUACUCUGGUGGCUUCUACAGCAAUCACCGCGUUAUCAAUUGGCUAUGGGAUAUUCUCAGGCGCGACUUCACAAACGAAGAACGAAGCCUGUUCUUGAAGGUACAUUCCAUUGCGUCUUUUUUUGCGAAUGCGCUUUCAACACUUGACGUGUACUCCUUCCUUUUAGUUUGUGACCAGUUGUUCAAAGCCUCCUCUCCUCGGCUUUGCCUAUUUGGAGCCGCCCUUCUGCAUCCGAUGUGUUCAGUACACCAAUGAGGAUCAGGCAAGUGGCCAGCGUUCCCACCUCCCCUGGGAAUCUAGUUCCUUGCUCAUUCUUUAUCAUUCUUUACCUGCUCUGCCCUUGGUAUCGAGUGGUCUCUUGGAACCGUUGGCCUCCUAUCUUCGGUGGACAUUAUGCAUUCUAGCUUCUCCGCGUCGGUCUGCAUGUUAUUUGAAGUGUCCUUAAAAUUAAGUUUGAUAUUUGCAGUGGUGAGGCAAGUAGACCGUCAUGUUUACUGGUCACAUCCGUUGUCCAACUGCGGAACGUCAAUGUUAACAAGGCAGUAUGGCCGUAUGCCAUAAAAUUUGGCUGUAGCGCCAGCAAAGCUACCACUUGGUCAGACGUCCACUCAAAUUGACCCUAGUUGCUUAUUUUCUACUGUUGGUUGACAUUUGUUGGGUCAGUUGUUUUUUGUGCUACUUCACGUUUCACCAAUGAGUCCAAAAGGCUCGUUCGUUGCCGAUUUUUGUCAGCGGUCGAGUAGACCGACUUGUAACUUCACCCUACUUCGAUGAAUGGCUAUAUCUUUGCAGACGGUGGGUUAGUCAAGCGUUUUUGAAGUCCUCACACGUUUUGAAUAGGUCAAAAUCUUGAUCAUUUAGUGCGAUAUUUAGUGUUUGGUGGACCAACGCCUGCUAAAGUUGCCACACUCUUGGCCGAUUUUAAACUUAUUCAGGGAACCCAAAGUACUCAUCGCUCUCGGUUACUACCGCUUCCUCGCCUCUCAGAGUUACUGCACGCGUUCAUCCCUGGUUAGCAUUUGCCAGCAUACCAAAUCCUUUGAUCUAAACAAGAGCGUCAACGCGCGCUCUCAUUUUGCAAAUCCCUGUAGCUCCCUCUCAUUUUACAGCUGCCUCCGUAGGAAAAAGCACUGCCUUUCGAGAACUGAGGGGUAGUCUGUCGCGUUUGACGACUACUCCCAUCACCUGCAGAGAUGGCGACUUGCGCGUGACUGAGAGCCCGGUCCAGCAUUGACCUCACUUUCCUGGCACUUAACAUGUGCAACUGAUAUUAAGGGUAGACAAAUUAGGAACCACCUUGUCACCUGGCUGGCCCUGGCACUGCGCCCCAUGCCAGGGAACUAAUGGCAUCCUCCAGCAUCUCAAACGCUGCCGAAUCUUCAGUUUAUACAGUUUGGCGGUGGCGGUGGUGGUUGGCAGUAACGUCUUCUGUGUCUGGUUUUCUCUAUAUUUAGAUUUUAACGUCAGCUCAAACCAAUAUUUUCUUGUUCUGUAUUCCCCACUGGCCAGGAUGUCGGAGAUACGCUGGGUUCGGUGCUUAAGGGCUUCUUUGGUUUUGGCAGUCGCCGUGGUGAGGAACAGGCUCGCUUACCCUCGGCCUCUACGUGUUUCAAUCUGUUAAAAUUGCCCAACUACGCUUCACGAUCCGUGCUGCGUGACAAGCUGCGCUACGCUAUACACAGCAACUCGGGAUUCGAACUCUCCUGA